UGACACCCUGGUUCCGUUUCCUGACAGCAGCUUCAGCUCGUGGGUGACCCUGUGAAGUAAUCACCAGUUUUUACAGUCUGCUCUGCUGCCUGAGGACACCGUAUCACAAUGAGUCAACACAAGCAAUUCAGCACCACUCAUGCAUGUCGAGGGAAAUGAAGGGCUGCAGAGCUUGGCCUUGGUUAAAUUCACUGUGAAAUGAGCUUGCAGCCUUUUUUUCUUCUGAUCAACGCUACCUGUGCCAUGUGAGGAUGAGCUCAGGCAAUGGGACCAGAAAGAAAGCCAGCAAGCUGCACCACUUCAACAACAUGGUGGCGUUGGAUCAGGACACACAAACUGAGAUUCAGAGUCUUUUUAGUAAAGUUAGAACCUAUGUGAAACCAUCCGAUGGGGAGUGGUGCCUCCCAGACCCGAAUGCUGCUCUCAGACACUCUGCAGAGGAGCACAGCCGGCUGCAGGACCUUAAGGUAUCACUGAACGCUGUAAAGAACCAGCUCAGCGAUAAGAAUGUCCAGGUCUGGCACCAGCACACCAACUCCACAAAUCGAGCUGGGAAGGUGAUCUCUGCAGUCCGUUCUGCUGCUGGUGCUGAGGUCUGCACCCAGGCCUGGUGCAAGUUCUAUGAGAUCCUGGGAACCUUCAGUCUUCUUCCAGAGGAAGCGCUUCAAAAUGGAGAGCUGAACACAGUCCAUCUGUGUGAGGCUCCUGGAGCCUUCAUUACCGCUCUGAACCACUACAUCAAAACCAGCGAGUCCACACGCUACUGUGACUGGAGCUGGGCCGCCAACACUCUCAACCCCUACCAUGAGGCUAAUGGAGGGAGCACCACCAUCGCAGACGAUCGACUGAUUGCCAACACGCUGCCCUGGUGGUUCUUUGGUUCAGAUAACACAGGAAACAUCAUGCUGCAGAAACAUCUGCUGGAGCUGCAGGUGUUUGUGGCCAACAUGCGCAGAGUGGACUUGGUGACAGCAGAUGGAAGUUUUGACUGUCAGGAGAACCCGGAUGAACAGGAGGCGUUGGUGGCGUCGCUUCAUUACUGUGAGGUCACGGCCGCUUUGCUGCUCCUCAGCCCAGGUGGCUCUUUUGUUCUGAAGAUGUUCACCCUGUAUGAACACUCCUCUGUCUGCCUACUCUACCUGCUGAACUGCUGUUUCCACUCUGUCAACAUCUUUAAACCGGCAACCAGCAAAGCAGGAAACUCUGAGGUUUACGUUGUUUGUCUGAACUACAACAGGAAAGAAGACGUGAGGCCUCUGCUUUCAAAACUGAUACGUAACUACGGGCCAAAUAUGGCUGACAGAGAGGCACUUUUCCCAAAAUCUCUUCUCCCAGAAUGGUUUCUGAAGCAGCACGAAGAAGUGAGCUCAUACUUCCACGCGCUGCAGGUGGAGACGAUCACAGAAAACCUGCAUCUGUUUGAAGGAAUGAGCGAGGAGCUGAGGCAGAGGCUGGACUACAUCAGGGAUUGCGCAGCUCAGGAAUAUCUGCAGCGUUUUCAGGUGAGCUUCCUCCCCCGGAGUCGGUGGAUCUCUCGUAACACAGUGAGUCCUGCCUGCUGCAGCACCUCAGCGGGCCGGCCUCUGGGACAGAAGAAGCAAACAGGCUCCUUCAACGAGCGCAGGGAAUUACAAACCCUGAGCUGGAGGGAGCGCAUCAAGAGGGGUUGCUAUGUCACAGUGAUAAAGAGACACCACACUGAGACUGAUGGGAGCAGCUGCACGCUGGAGGGACCCCUGACUGAGUGUCAGGUGGAUUCUUGGUAUGUUAUUGUUGGAGCUGCGCUGCCUGCGGUCAGAAACUCUCCAUUCUGUGACGGUGGAUUGUUAAACCACCUAAAUGAAGCCCUCAUGGACACAACAGUAGACUGGACUCACAUACCUCCCUGUGAGUCUUGUAGCGGGGUCUCUGCAGCCUCCAUCCUGUCUGAAGUUGCAAGUCUCUGUGAGAAUAAGAAAAAGCGACAGUGUCUGGUGUUUGGCAGCCGAUCCAUCUGGGGUGAAAACCAGCAUGAGGAUUUAGUGUUAACAUUUUCUGCUGAGCCUUCACUCCCUCAGAGAGGCUGUAUCCUGCUGCACGACGGGGAGCCGCUGUACCAGCAGCAGCUCAUAGCCUGUGUCCUGUCCUCCCUGCAGAGCCUGAACUCUGGGGAUGCUCUGCUGUUGCCUGUGCUUUCUGCCUUCACCCGUGUCACAGCAGCUGUUGUUCUCUGCCUGCAUGUGUGUUUUCACUCAGUUACAUUCAGGCAUCCUCCACCCUCAGGCGUAGGGACAGUUCUUGUAUGUGUUGGCUUCUGCCCUGAAUCUGCUGCACAGAUACUUCCUGUUCUCACUGAUGUCCAUGACUGCAUGGGUCAAUUGUUCAGAGGAGAGGAGAGGUCAGGGAAAAACCUGCAGUCCGAGUGUGGCACACAGGUGCUGCAGUUUGUUACCAUGGAGGAGCUGCUCACAGGAGGACUGACAGAGUUCUUGUGGACGAUGAACUCUGAAAUCAUCCAACAGAAGCUUCAUUUGCUCAUGUAAUCACAGUCUAAUGAGCUUCCAGCAGUAUGUCACUGAAGUAUUUUUGAUAUUAAAAGAGUUCAUUUUGCAUUACACUCCUCCAAUUCUGAGACCCACAGACAAGAAAAAGAUAAAAAGCAAAGGAAUAAGAGAUUUUAUUUUGUUUACAAGUAUGCAGUACAGAAACACCCACUAACAGGCAGAUGUGUUGAGUUUAAUGAUGCAGGGACAUUAAUAUGUACUUUUUGGCUCUUUAAGCAUUUACUCAGAGAGGAGGACAGUGGACAGAGACAGAAACAAGGACGACAGAGUUGGAAAGACCAGACUUUAACCCAGGCUGUCUGCACACAUGGGACGCGACCCAACCACCAGGCCAUCCGUGCUCCAAGAUGUUAAAUAAUAACUAUUGUGUUUGACAUACCACAUUAAGUUCGUAUACUUUACGUUAAGGUUGCACCAGAAAGUGAAUUAGAUACUUUAUCCAAGGAAUAUUUCAGCAGCUUAAAGUGACACAGGAGCUAAAAUGUCCCAAGAGCACUGUAAGUAGCUGACCACUGAAGGAGGGUGUCAUGCAGGCAAAGUUUUAAGUAAAUAACUGCCAAUAAUACGAGCCAAUAUAUUUUAUUGCCAAAAGCAGAAUCCGUUUUUAUGCUGUUUAAUUUGUGAUAAAUAAACUUCACCUCUGAAGUGCUUAAACAAGCAGUGUCAUCAUUAUGUGGUUUGUCUUCCAGACAGAGCUGGAAGUUAGUUUUCAGCCAUAAAACGUCCUGUUUAUUGGAUGUCUUAAACAAAAUAUAUCUAUUCAUAUACUCAUAAUUUAACAGCUACAAACACAACAAAUACUAUUUUUCAUUUUCUAUAUUCAUCAACGUACACUUUCAAAGUGGUCAGGUCCUGUAAUGACACCGUUUAUAACUGAACAUUUAAGUGAGGAGACAUUUUUAGCAGCUGCUAUUAGCUAAUUAAAAGCUGUUAAAAAGCUUAUUUUGUAUCUAAAAUUCCUUGGAUAGAGACACUCCACAGUGAGAAGAUCAAACAGAAAGACAGACUGAUGACACAAACUUUCAGUGCAUGAAAAUGCAAAUUUCUCUCAGUACUUGAUCAACAGAAGUCAUGCGUGACUAAAUUCACUGAGGAUUUUGAGGAGGUUGAAUAAACAACAGUGGAGCCCUGAGCACCAAACCUCCUGUCACUCACAGAUGGCUUGUGUUGAAACCCACAUCACAGAGACCCAGGAGUUUUAGCCUAAAGUGCCUGUUAGAUUUUACAACAUGCAUUUCAUCUUUCAGUGUUGGAGAUCAUUUUUAUCUGUUGCCACCGUGCAGUUUACCGCCAAGUUACUGUUCAAAAAUUAAUUUCUUUUUGUAUCGUCCAGCCUGUCCAUAUAGAAAGUACAGCCUAUGUUCACUGAAGUGUUUUUAUUCAGUAUGAGUUUUAUAAAAAGGGAGUCAAACUUAUCCAUUUGGCUUUACUAAUAAAAGAUCAUGUUUUAGUUUUUCAUGGUUUUGUUUGUUUUUAAUAUCACUACAAUGUUAUU